AAUAGAAGUAGGAGAUACUGGAGAGUUCACGAGAAUGGAUCUUACUCAAGAUAGUACUGUUCAUAUCAUGGACUAGCAAAAUCCUAUCCUAUGUUCAUGGUUCUUUGGUCUAUUACUGCUAUUGUCACACCUACAGAGUACACUAGUAUAUGUGACACCUGUCAAAGAAGAAGUUGAGCAAGAAGUAAUACCGUUUUUACUACUGUGUAUACUUUCCCAAAGAUCUUUUGUGAUUAACAUAUUUGCUAAAAUUUUGACAAAAAGCGGUAACAAGAGAACAAUAAGCUUUCUCCCCAUUGAAGACAACCUAUACCUGACCUAAGAUGCCCUACAAGAGUCACAAAUGUUCCCUGAACUUAGGUUCCAACAGCAUGCUUCCUAAAGACUACACGCCUGCUAUAUGCCGGAGUUUUCGCAAGCACACGUUAGUAUCGGAGUACCACCCGGAGACGUAUCAGUACUUGCGCAGCUACGCCGCCGUGCUCGCAGAGCGGCAGCGGCACAUUGCAGCCGGCGGCGUCUGGCUUAUACAUCCUUUUAGCCUUUUCAGUCUGUCUUGGAACACGUUCAUGGUGGUUGUAAACCUCGCCCAUAUGGUGGUCUCUACCCUGCGUCUGGCUUACGUCCUGGAUCCCUUCCCGCUGGUCCCAGGGCCCAACACCUUCGACUACAUCCUGCUGAGUCUUCACAUCCUCUGCAUCAUCGACAUCGCUUUGAUGUUCAACUUGGGCUACGUCGAGGAGCAUGAAAACGUUAUCCUGAAUAGGAAAGCAGUAAUAAGCCGUUACCUCUGUUCAUGGUUUUUGGUGGACCUGGUUUCAUGCUUGCCAGUAGCAUUUGUGCUUCUGUAUCUAAGGGUGCCAAAUACCAGGUACCUUUUGGUGGCCCAUUUACUGGCCGUGCUUAGGAUUGCGCGCGUUGUUUGCACGAUGGAGAACUUGAAAAUAUUCCUUCAGAUAUUUGGUGGUUCAUACAUCCACUACAGCUCCAUCCACGUGGUGGUGAUGUUCCUCUUGUCGUUACACUGGUGCAGCUGCAUCCUCUACGCCUGUCCCGUCCUCGGCUUCUACUGGUACGGCGAGAUGCCUCAUGGCUACGCCGUGUUCCUGACCUGGCACGACCCCAACAACCAGAACAUAAGCGAGCACACUAUCAGCACUAGAUACGAGAUGGGCACCUUCAUUACUCUGGCCUCGUUCUUUGGAUGUGGCUACGCAAUGUUCCUUCGUAAGAAGCCAGAGGAAAUCGUAGUGCACACAGUGGUCCUGGUCUACACUGCGCUCUUCAUGCUUUACCUUCUUGUGUUCCUCAUAAAGUUGUGCCUGUCGCAGUUUCGUUCCUUAACAAAAUAUCACGAGCUCAUAAACCAAAUAAAGGAAUACAUAAGGCACAGACAAUUUCCAGUGGAGCUGCAGAAGAGAGUCCUUGCAUUUUACUACUACACUUUCCAGGGCACUUACUUUAGAGAAGAAGUUGUAUUCGGAAGUCUUUCUGAACAACUUCGCAACGAGAUGGUCCUACACACGUGCCACAAGCUGGUGCACAAGGUAGCGCUGUUCGAGGGCUUGCCGGCCAGCGUGGUGGGUUCCAUUCUCGGCUGCCUCACCCACGAGGUGUACCUGCCCAACGACCCGGUGCUGCGCGCUGGCGACGUCGGGGACUGCAUGUACUUCAUCGACACUGGAACAGUCGCUGUCUACUCGCUGAAGGGAGUAGAGGUGUGUCACUUACAUGAUGGCGCCCAUUUCGGCGUAGUAGCGCUGCUAAUGAAAGACAGCAAAUGUGCGGCGACUGUCGUGGCCGUCGAGAUCACGCAGGUGUAUAGACUGGACGUAGCCGACUUCCGACAUUUCACAGUAACUUCUCAAGUAUUCUAUGAUAGAAUGGCUGCUAUUGCAUCUCAGAGGAUGCAUGAAGUUGUACUCGUAGAUGAAGCGUUUCAGCGGGAAAGAGAUUACUCAUAACUUGAAAAAUAGUUAACCUAGUGCAGUAAACUUUAAGCAUAAUACCAAACCAUACAGCAAAAUAUGACUAAAAUGUUGAUUUUGAUGUUGGUAAUGUUACAAAUGAAUAAAUUAAUGAUACUGUGAAUGUGUAUUUUAUUAAAAUCUUAUAAUACAUAUAAUUCCCUUAUGUUAACUUAUUCCACAAUCAUAUUCCAAAGGAAUGCAUUGACAAUUAUAAUAACUUAAAUUCCUGACCUUAUCAUACGUAAAUGCCGACCCAUAACAGUAAAAAUAAAAUUCCGAACCCUGAAAACAGCGCUGCUACAAGAGAUAAAAGCAGUUCUUUGAAAAGGUCUCUGGAUAGUUUGGUGCUGGUGACUUCGUAGACGAAGAACCACGCUGUGAAGAAUAUGCCGAUACCAAGUAACAGCAACGUCAAGUGAGGAAACACCGCUGGGUUGAUAGGCGAUGCAUAGCGAACCAUUGACUCUAUUUCCAGCUGGAACAGUAAUAUAUACAAUAAUACAGAUAUCUGCUUUCGAUUUUAUAAACAGUAAUCUAAAUAAUUAUGAACUUACACUCAUUUUAGAAGAUUUUUUCGAGUUUAAACACGCAAUGAAACUGCG